CAUAUAACUCCACCUAGGGAGUGUUCAUGUCUCCUCUCAGGGAAGACACUCGAAUUGCCUACUAUGCUGGAAGCUGGUACUCAGGCGAUCCCGAAAUUCUGAGGCAACAAUUGUCGAAAUGGAUAGAGGAUGCAGAGGCGCAAGAAAAUACUCGAACCGAAGGGGCCAAAGAGCAGCAGGGUCCUAUUAGAGCAAUCAUAGGACCCCAUGCUGGAUAUAUGUAUAGUGGGUCUACGGCGGCAUUUGGGUACUGCAAACUAUUGCAGAUGCAUUCUCAGAUCAAACGGAUCUUUUUGUUCGGUCCUAGUCAUCGAAAAUCAUUUCGAGGUUGUAUGCUACCUUCGGUGAUGGUGAACGCCUAUGAUACACCUUUUGGCCCAAUACCACUGGAUUCUGAGCUGAUCUCGCAUCUUGAAUCCUCUUUUCCUGAAUAUUUUAAACGCCUAAGUAAAUCGUCGGAACUACAUGAACAUUCUUUAGAAAUGCACCUGCCGUUCAUCUACUACUGCACAAAUCGCAAGGCACAUCCGGUGAUGCUCAUCCCAAUCAUGGUCGGGUCGCUUCCAAGUUCUCUGAGCUUGAAAUAUGGCCAAAUAUUUGCGCCCUAUUUUGAUAACGCAGAUAACUUUUUCGUGAUUUCGUCUGACUUUUGCCAUUGGGGCAAAUCGUUCGACUACACAUUCUACCGGAGCGAAGACGGACAGGAAAUAUACAAGUUCAUCGAGAAUCUGGAUCGACGUAGCUUCGAGGCAAUCGAAAAUCAAAACGACACCGAAUUUCGCAAUUAUCUGGAUCAAACCAAAAAUACCAUCUGUGGACGGUAUCCUAUUUCUAUCUUGCUCAAUACGCUUAAAUACGCCAAGAAUAAAUACAAUGUCAAAUUCAUUCAGUAUAAGCAAUCGAAAAAAUGCAUGAGUAAUGAAGAUACGUCUGUCAGCUAUGCUGUCUCGCUGGUUUCUGAUUGCCAAAGCCGUCAAGUUUGA